CCAUUUCCAUUUCCUCAUGAGAAAGCAAACCACUUAGACUGUUUUUAAACUGAGGUUUUUGGAGUGUAAGGCAAGGUGUGUUUCUGACUUCUGCUUGCUUGCUGCAUUAGUUCCUGCCAGCUCUGAUAAUUUGUAAUAAUUCAUCUCUGCAUUAUCGCAGCCGACAUUUAAAUUUGUUAUGAUGAUAGAGUUAAGCUGCGUUUACACUGGUCCGUUGGGACGUCAAAGCGUAAAAAACGCUUUCCGCGUACAUCAGUUCACACCAGCGCAGAAACUUUCACGUCAAAAGUUGUCAUAAAUGUGCCUAGAUGGCUCUCUGUAUCGGAAACUUGGGGAAAAUGUACUUCCUGUUUUUCAUUCCUGCGCAUUGAGUUUCGUUCGCGUCCGAUUCUUCCCAGGCUGCGUAUUUUAAGUAAAAGAUGGAUGCUGUUUCAGCUAAAUUGAAACUAAUUUUGCUUCUUGCAUUACGAAGAAGGAGAAAUAAAAGAUGGUGGGUUCGACCCAUAUUUGAGAGACGACUGCAGCAAGGGGAUGCAGGUAAUUUAAUUGAAGAAAUGAGACUAAAUGAUAUCGAAAGUUUUUUCAAUUAUUUUCGCAUGACGCCUAGUCAGUUCGAUGAAUUGUUAGCCCUGGUUGGACCAUCUAUACAGAAGAGAAAUAGUAAUUUUCGUCAAAGUAUUCCAGAAAAAGAUCGUUUGGCUGUAACAUUAAGGUAUGUAUAUAUAUUUUUUGCCAAGGGAGAUUUAAUGACAAGCUUGUCAUUUGCAUUUCGAAUGGGAAAGCCCACAGUCUCCCUCAUAAUAAGAGACACUUGUGCUGCUUUGUGCAAUGUAUUACAGCCAACUGUUUUGGAAGUUCCGAGUGAAGAAAAGUGGCUGCGCAUUGCCCAGCAAUAUGAAACUUUAUGGCAGUUCCCGCACUGCCUUGGAUCCAUUGAUGGAAAGCAUGUCAUCAUUCAGGCUCCACCACGGACUGGAUCUACGUAUUAUAAUUACAAAGGUUCGUUCAGUAUUGUUUUGAUGGCCGUAGCUGAUGCGAAAUAUAAGUUCAUAAUUGUUGACAUCGGAGCUGCUAGCCAUCAGAGUGAUGGAGGAAUUUUCAUCAAUUCCACCUUUGGUAAAGCUCUUGAUGAAGAAGCACUGAACUUACCUAAAAGUUCUCCAGUUCGUGGAUCACAGUAUUCAUUACCAUACAUUUUUAUUGGUGAUGAAGCUUUUUCCCUUAAAAGUAAUUUAAUGCGACCAUAUCCUGGUCGAGAACUAGAUACAGAAAAAUACAUUUUUAACUACAGACUAUCGAGAGCACGGAGAUACGUUGAGAAUACAUUUCAAAUCAUGGCUGCCAGAUUUCGAAUUCUGCGUAAACCGAUUGUAGCUGGUCUUACAACCAGCCAGAAUAUUGUGAAGUCCUCUUCCUGGUUUUGCAGAUACGGAUGAUGGCAGUGGCAAUAUUCUAACAAGCGGAUGGAAAGACGAGAACAUACAGAAUUUAAGUAAAGUGUCUCGUUCUGCCACAAAUAUGUACAGCAGGAAUGCAGUUGCUGUAUGUAUUUCAUACACCAAUUACUUUACAAGUGAAGGGGCUGUACCAUGGCAGUAUGCUACAGUUUCAAAAAAAUAAAAUUGACAAAUAUUAUGCACACUUUUACUAGGUUUCAAGCUUCCUUUCUUAUUUAUGUGUAUAUAUGUAUUGCCAUAUAAUUUAUCUAAUUAUAUUUUAUUCGUAUUU